AAAUGGCGUUUGCUCCAAAGAUCAUCACAUGCCUCAUUGUCCUUACAGUCUACAUGUUACCCCCAACGGAGUCAACCAUCCAGUGUGGGACAGUGACGUGCACACUUGCACAGUGCGUGAACUAUUUGGUCAACAGUGGUCCAUUGCCAUCCGCAUGCUGCGUGGGAGUCAAAACAUUGUACCAAAUGGCUCAUACCACACCGGAUCGCAAACAAGUAUGUGAGUGCCUUAAAGUAGCGGGUAAGGAAAUCAAAGGCCUCAAUACCGACCUUGUGGCCUCACUUCCUACCACUUGUGGUGUUUCAGUUCCCUACCCCAUCAGUUUCAGCACCAAUUGUGACAAUAUAUCGACUGCCGUGUAAAAGAGGCUAGCUGAUCAUUGAUCUGAUAUUCAGAUGUACGAGUACGACUAAUCAAAGUUUGCCAGCUUUUUAACCUAAAUAAUAAUGUAUUAAGUCUGCUGUUAUCUCCCAUUUUAGAACUUUGUUUAUUUAUCUAUCAUCUCUAUACGUAAUGUAACCAUAUAUAUAUUAAUAACGACAACGGAGCUCUCUCUCUCUCUCUCGAAAAUAGUCUGCCUACUCGAA